GAUGAUUCGUUCCAACACUAGAACAAACAAACAGCUUUGAUACUUUCCAUAACUUAAAACUCCGAGAUCUCGAUCAAUCCUUCAAGAAACGAUGUCGUCUUCUUGCUGUGGUGGAAACUGCGGUUGCGGCUCUGGUUGCAAGUGCGGUAACGGCUGUGGUGGGUGCAAGAUGUACCCAGAAAUGGUCUCCGGUGAGAGUACUAACAAUGAGACACUUAUUCUUGGUGUUGCACCUACUGAAACUGGAAUAGAGACCACCGGAGGCGUGGCAACAGCGGCUGAGAACGAAGGAUGCAAAUGCAACCCUUGCACAUGUAAUCCAUGCACCUGCAAAUGAGUUAUGGGCAUGCCAACUAUGGAGUGUCAUCGGUCAUAUGUAACUCUACUAAAACUAGCUAAACAUCCUUGGAUACCAUGACUAUGGAGUUUCAUCAGUUAUGGAGUUUCAUCAAUCAUGGCAGUGUCUUGUUUUUAUCUUUUUGAACUUUGUUUUUGUGUAAUAACAAUAAAAGCAAGGGAGAUCCUGGUUUUGUGUGUUUGAUCUAUUUUCAUAUUAUCAUCUUCAGUUA